AUGAAAUAUUCUGACAAAUCUCGUUUUAGAUAUAGAUCGCUACAGAAUGUAGCAUCUCCUUUAUUUAAUAGAUUUCAUUAUAAUAGUAGCAAGUCAUUUUUUCAAUCACCCAAAGAUGAUUUGAAAGUUCAAAAUGAUCUUCAUGUUGUUUCCAGUGGUAACAAUAAUAGCAGUGUUAAUAUCACCUCUGCCGCUGCUCAUCAACAAAUCAAACAACAACCAAGUCCAUUUACAUCAUUGAACACACCACAUCCAAAGCUUAAUCAAUUCCUACAGAAAUCAAUUCCAACACCAAACAUUACUACAUCAACAUCAUCAACAACAUCACAACAACAACAACAACAUACACCAUUUAAUACAGCAGCAAACUUUAAUCGUGCAGAUAUCUCUACACUACCAAACGGUAUUAAAGUGAUAUCACAACAAACCAAUCAGAAUGCAUGUGCCAUUGGAUUGUAUGUUCGUGGUGGUUCUGCUUUCGAGACCGAAAAGAAUAGAGGUGUAUUCAAAUUAUUAGAGAAAAUGACUUUUAAAGGAACAAAAAAUGAAUCAACUGCAGAUAUUGUAAAGAAAUAUGAAACUAUAUCAUUAAAUGCACAAUCAGCAACAUCCAAUGAUUCUAUUCAAUUUUCAGUUGAAGUAUUAAGAAAAGAUGUAGAGUACAUUUUGAAAUCAUUUGCAGAUCAGAUUACAUGUCCGAAUUUCGAUGGUGAAGAGUUUGAAGAAGUAAAGAUGGAUGCGAUCAGAACGUUUUCACACUUUUUAAACUAUCCAGAAGAUCUAUUACCACUGUUGAUGCAAAAUGUUGCAUUUGGAAACACUGGAUUCGGUCAGAGUCCUCACGCCCAGCCACAAGAAUAUGAAGCACUCACUGUUGAACACCUGCGCGAGACACUGAAGAACCACUACAUCGGUAAGAACAUUGUGAUCUCUGCAACCGGUAUAGAUCAUCGCCAGUUGGUAAACUAUGUCGAGCGAUACUACGGUGACAUCCCAUACAGUGCUCCAUCGCCAGGCGUUGCCGCCGCUGCAUCGUCGCUGGUCAACACCGAUCGUGUUCCUUACUAUGGUGGAUCACAUUUGAUCUCCGACGUGGAGGAUGCCGAACAGGCAUACUACUACCUUGCAUUCCCAUGUAGAGGAUUCAAGAGUGUCGGCGAAAGCAAAGACGUCUACGCCGGUUUCGUAUUGCAGACACUGCUGGGAGGUGGCAGAGAUUUCUCAGUCGGUGGACCAGGCAAAGGUAUGCAAUCUCGUUUGAAUCUACAUGUUGUAUACGCUUUGCAACACGUCCGUGAGUGUUCAGCGUUUUUGAAUCUCGAAGCUGGCAUCGGUCUUUUCGGAAUUCGUUUGGCAACCAGCACCGGUUUCCUUAAGAAUGGUAUUUCACUGAUGUUGAAUCAGUUACUGUCGCUACGUCGUUUGAUCACCGAUGAAGAGAUUGAAAGAGCCAAGCGACAACAAAAGAGUUUGAUUUUAAUGAAUUUGGAGCUGCGUGGUGUCUUGUGUGAUGACAUGGCCAAACAGCUACUCACCACCGGAGUAUGGAGAACACCCGACGAGAUCUGCAGGGGAAUCGAUUCAGUCACCAAAGAAGAUAUCUUGAGAUUCUUGGAUCAAUUACUUUUGACAGAACCAACCAUCGUUGCCAUCUAUGAUGGUUCUCAAGAUACCGCAUUAUCAGGUACUGAUUUAAAGAAAAUUAUUAAAUCUGGUCAAUAUUGA